AUGGAACGAGAGGUGGACUGCCAAACCGACUCGGCUGACCUAUCGGAAGAAAUAACCAUUUCGGAAAAGCUGAAUAGCAUCCUGGUGGCCUAUGCGAAAAAUAUGAUACUUCACAAUCCAGCCGAGUCCUCUGAAGAUGAGCAUGCAAUUAAGAAAAAAAUAUACGAAUGGUCAAGGGAGUACUUUCAAAAGUUAUAUGAUGAAAAUGGGGGGGACGCAAACAAUGCAGAUGACGGUGGCUCGCAGACCGAGUCGAGUGCUACUCGUACUGGUGGUCAUUCGGUGAAGGAUCAAAUUAAAAAGGAGAUGGAACGGGGGGAUGGCAUCCUUUAUGACUUGGUAUUUAGUGCUGGAGAGGAAGUCCUUCAGCUCGGAGCGAGACAACCACGCAAAGUCAUUUAUAUACUCAUUGUUGGGCAGAUCCAAGUUGACGCCAUGGUUCAG